AUGACGGAGAGGCAGAUUUCCGACGAGCCCCGAGCACGGUGGGACGGCGCCGAGGCCAGUGGCGGCGGCGGCGGCGGUGCCUGGGGCUCGUACCAGGCGGCGCUGCCGCGAGCAGCUGGCGGGGGCGGCGGAGAGUGGAGCGGCGGCGGGGGCGGCGGUGGCGGCUGGGGAGGUGGGGGAGCCGGCAAAUGGAACGCCUGGUCUGGCGGCGGAGGAGGAGGCGGCGGCGACGGAGGUUGUGGCUCCACCGUCGACCCUUGGAGCCGGGGCGAGGACGCGCAGGGUGGCGGCAGCGGCGGCGACGCGUGGGGCAAUUGGGGUAGCGCCAGCGGCUCCGGAGGCGGCUGGGGUGGCGGCGGCGGCGCGUCUGGCUCUGGAGGCGGCGGCAACGGCUGGGGAGAGUGGAGCGGCGGCAACAGCGGUUGGGGUGGCGGCUGGGGCGGCGGGGACCCCCAGGACUGGGCGCCGAACCUCAAGAAAAUCGAUUGGAACGGCUUGUCGCUGGUUCCGAUAGAUAAGAAUUUCUACGAGGAGCAUUGGUCGGUCCAGGCCAGGACCGAGGCGCAGGCGGAGGAGAUGCGAAGGAGCAUGGACAUCGAGGUGCUGAACGACGGCGGCUCUGUCCCCAAGCCUGUCAUAUCUUUCGAGGAGGCUAGUAUGCCGGACUGGCUCCUGUCGCAGGUGCAGAAGAAGGGCUUCAAGGCUCCCACCCCGAUCCAGGUGCAGGUCUGGCCUGUGGCGCUGCAGGGCCGCGACCUGAUUGGCAUCGCAGAGACAGGUUUCUCCUGGCAUGCCUUCGGCGGCCAGCUCAACAAGGGCCUGGAGGAAUUUUUCUCCAGCCCCGCGCUGCCCGUGGAGAUAUUUGCAAUUAAGAUUUUCCAGUAUGACACGGAUGACGCGGUCGCCAACAACAUGGCUUUCUUGGGCGGUGCCAUUCAGAUCGCGCAGCGGAUCUCAGAGCCUCAACUGCGAGAUGCGAUCGCCCACAAGCUCGGCGCGCCCAGAGAUGGCGCCAGCAUGUAUGCGAGGCAGCCUUCGGCUGCUCUUUCGCACGCCCUCGCCAAGUGGAGGGGGGCCGCUGACGGAUCAAGGUUGCACCCCGCAGUGAAGCAGGUCGGUGAGAUUGGGAGGCUGCAGGCAGGCAGCUAUAGGAAAGCGCAGGCGAGGGCCCCCAGCAGGAGCAGAUCACCGUCGCGCGCGCGGCCUCCGAGCACCCCAGCCAGCGGGUCCGCGAUGGGCCCAGGAUCUAUCUACAAGGCGUACCACGCGAAGGCUCCGACGGGCACCCCGCUGAACGCGAGGAUCUCGAGGCCACAUCUGAGCGACCCCAUCAGCAUCGCGUCCUCGCCUGGCGGCGCCGCCGCCCCCAGGAAGAACCCCCCCGCCGAGGCGGGCGACAAGAAGAAGAAUAACGAUAAGUUCGAGAUUUUCACUGUCGACUACGACCGCGCGCCCCUGAUAGGGCAGAGCGGCGCGACGACCGCGGAGUACAAGUUGGCGCCAGGGCCCGACGGCAUGUGCACGGCCAAAGUGCACGGAGACGACAAGGAGACGGAGGUGCCGAAUGCCAUGUGCGAGACGCGGUCCAAGUGGAAGACGAAGGGAACGGGCGGGCCUCUCAAGAGACCCGCCGCCGCCGCGAAGAAGCCUGCAGGGGCUCGGGGCGAGAAGGAGCGCGCCGCCACCGAGGGCGACGAUGGGGGGGGGGGGCAGCCCGAGCCCGACGAGGUCGAGGUGGAGGAAUUGGAGGCGCUCGCGGUCAAGAAGGCGAAGCCCGCUGCAGCGGCUGCCCCCGAGCGGAAAUGCGCCGCGAUGCGGUGCGAGAGGGGCGGGUGCAGCGCCGCGCGGGAUAAUUUUGGCAACGAGCGUCAGGCGUGCUCUAUCGGCAAGAAAUCCGACCGCUACAGCAAGGGGGAGAAGAUGAAGGCGGCGGAGGAGCUCGCGAAAUUGCUGCAUGAGAACAAAAGUAAGCUGCUGGCGCCGAUCUCCGCCGCAAUGGGGAGGGCGCUGGGAAGGGAGAAAGUGGGCGCCGGGGGCGGCGGCGUCAACCUCGCGGGCGACGGCGAGGGGGACGGGGCGGAUGAGCAGCUUGGCGGGCUGCGCACGGCCCCCUUCGGCAUGCGCCUGCGCCGCCCGCCAAGCAAGUGCAGGCAUUGCGGAGAGAUGAAAUACAUCGGCAGCGGCUUGUGCCUCUCGCUGAAGUGCCAGGAUUGGAGCAGAGCCAACCGCCGCCACAUCGCAACCUUCGGCUUCUAUGAGCUCCCGAACAAGACGCAGGGCGCGAAGAAGAACAACAAGGGCAGGAAGAGAGAGGAGGGCGUUCCUGGGCGGUGGCAGCACAUCGAGCAGCGCGAGGGCGAGGCUGCAGACGACUCUGAUUCCGAAUGCGAGAUCAUCUCCAUGCAGGUGCCGAACAUGCAGAGGAUCCGCCAGGCCGUAAAAAGAGAGCUGCAGGGCGCCGCCAGCAGCAGCGCCGACGGCAUGGCAACGCCACCGACGCCGACGGCCCCCAGACAUGAGGCAGCGGGCGCUGCUCGUCCAGCCCCGACGACGCCCGAUGGUUCGAAGGGCCUUGAGAAUCGGGCAAGAGCAAGGGGGCAGGCCCAGGCAGCCCAAGCGGCGCACGACGCCACCGCGGGACAACAGCGCGCUGCUGAGCUAGAGAGCCCAGGCCCGGCCGCUCAGCCCACCUCCGCCGCUGACAAAGAGAUUCCAGGUUCCACCGCUGAGCAGGAGGACCAGAGCAAGAAGCGCAAACCCGACAUGCAGAGCGUCGGCGACGGCCCUUCCGAGAAGAAACAGAAGGACGACACGGACAAGGGCGACGGCGGCUCCAAGCCAGACGGCGGCAAGUAG